GGAAAAAAAAUGCAGCGAUCAUCAAACAGAUAAAUCUCGAUCAAGGUCCCCCGCGCGUGCCGGCGAAAAUGAAUCAAAUUAAAAACUGAACACACUCCCUCGCUCUAAUCUUCUCCUUAAGCCUGUUUAUUGAAGACUUGUGUGGGUCGCUGUGUGAAAGGCAACAUUCCAGUCAUGACUUCCCUUCUGCAUCUGUUCAGACAAAGUCCGGUGAUAACAACAUCCUUGGCAGGAUGCUUCGUGCCGAUUUUUGGCACAGUUCUCGCGGAUGGCUUUGCGGAUUCCGCAGCUGUCCAGGCCACAACAGUCGCUGAAUCCGGAGGUCAGAAGAUCCUCAAGAUCAUGACUGGUCGCCAAUUGCCAUUCUAUGGAGACCCAGAAACACUACACGAUCCUCUUUUCCGUAAUGAAAUCCCACUUCGAGAACCUCCAAAAAGAGGUAUAGAACGGGCCACUUCCUCCAUUUCAGGUGCAGUUUCCAAUAUUCAAGAGCCGAACAACGCAGCCCUCAAAAUUGGCAUGAUCUCGCUCGGAGGGAUUGCUGGCUUCUUUCUUUCCAUGUCGAAGAGCUUGCCAAGCAAAGUCGCCCUGCCUCUUGUUGGAGCUUUCGGGAUGGCCGCGUUUUGCUACCCGUACAGCUUGCCGAACAUCAAGAAGAACUUGAGCGAAGAAUGUAAACGAAGUGGAGAAAUGACCUUCUGGUUUCUCCGCAGUCUUUACUGCGACGCCAUGGAAACUGUAAGCAGUAAUCGGGCAAAUCUGCUUGACGCUAGUUUACCAUUCGAAGAGGCCUCAGCUCUAGAAAUCACCACGAUGCAGCAAAUGGAUGCCGGCAGAGAAGCACCGAUGAGCUCUUUGGUGACAAUGCUCCCACCUCCUCCAUCCAUCACGUCCACCGGCGGUUGGCAUAACAUCAAGGAGUAAGCUUCACUCACCAUUUCGUCGUUAUUCCGUGUAUCGUUCUUCGAAGUUAUUCGUUUUCAGUAUUUUUUUUAUUCACAUUAAAAUGAAGGAAUAAUUUUCUCGAUCCGUGUUCAGAAAGUGGAUUCCUUCGUUUAAACUCACCGGUAAAUGUUGCGUUCCACUUCGUGAACGUACAGCGGAUAUGAUUCACCAAUAAAGAUCGCGCUCUAUUUCACUCCGAGUAAUGAAAAA